AUGGUACCAGGAAACCAAACACAAUUCACUGAAUUUAUCCUCCUAGGAUUUUCUGAAAAACCAGAGCAGCAAGGCCUCCUCUUUGGGCUGUUUUUGGGCAUGUAUUUGUUCACAGUGGUGGGAAACCAACUCAUAAUGCUGGCCAUUGGCUCUGACUCUCACCUCCACACCCCCAUGUACUUCUUCCUUUCCAACUUGUCCUUUGUGGAUAUCUGUGUGCUGUCUACCACAGUCCCCAAGAUGCUGGUGAGCAUCUUGACACAAAACAAGGUCGUCUCCUAUGCUGCUUGUCUUGCCCAGAUGUACUUCUUUAUUGUUUUUGGUGGUUUCGACAAUUUCCUCCUCACUACAAUGGCCUAUGACCGUUUUGUGGCUAUCUGUCAUCCUCCACACUAUGCAGCCAAAAUGAGCCCCGAUGUCUGUAGCCUACUGGUUCUGCUCUCCUGGAUAAUAAGCCUUCUAGAUUCCCUCCUUCAAUGUGUGAUGGUAACACAGAUCUCCCUCUGCACAGACCAUGAAAUUCAGCACUUCUUUUGUGAUCUUGCUGAGGUUCUGAAACUCUCUUGUUCUGAUACUUUCACCAAUUAUGCCUUAAUAUAUUUUGCUGCUGACGGUUAG